CAGAUCUUAUCUGAUUGACUCACUCUAUCAGCCGACACACGUAAGCUACCAUGAGCCGCCCAUCCGAGUCCGCCGAUCCGGAGGGCUGCGCUGUGCGAUUCCGUCACGGUCUUGCCGUGUCAAGGUUCUGUGCGGCGCCGACGACUAAGUAUACACACGCCUGUUUCCGGCCAAAUUUAGCACCAGAGCACGACAAAAACAGAGUCUGGCGCAGACGAAGUGUGGACACUGCACACACUGUACCGGCUAGAGGAACAUGCCAGCCCGGAGGAAAUGGACCCUCGAGGGAGAGCCGCUCCUGCUGUCCCGCGCGAGUCGGCUGGUGGUGGUGGUGGUGCCCGGAUCUAGGUCCAUUGCAUCUCGCGACGAUCUGUCUGGAUCUGAAUCUGACAUAUCCGUGUCCCCGGAGCGGGUCUCGUCCCGGCGGAGAGAGCCUCCAAAGUCCAGCCUCUGUCUCUGUCUGUCAGUCAGUGCGAAGUUCGUGGAGGAGUGGAGCUGAUGCGCACUCGACGGGGUGCCGGAGUGCAGAUCAGUAGUCGAUGGAUGGAUGUGAAAAGAAUGAAUGGAUGAAUGUAUGAGUUCG